AUGCAACAGCAAAGACCACAGGACGGCCUUCUUGGUCUGAACAGCUUCCAGAGUUUUCUCGACAGGUUCCCCGCACCGCUAAAUCCUGAUUUGUUCAACGAGCCGACAGGAUACGAAAAGGCGCUCCAAGAAGUCAAGCAAUACGAGGAUUUUACAACAAUCGAUUGGGUGCAGGAUGCAGUCAGGGAACGAUACCGGCAAAACUCCCGAACCUCAGAAGCUGGACAUUCAUGGACAGCAUACCUUUGGGAAUCAUAUGAGGCUGGACAAGCAUGGCUCGUCGUUUCACUUGUCGGAGUCGUCAUUGGAAUCAACGCCGCGUUUAUUGCCAUCUGCACCGAAUGGCUCUCGGAUAUCAAGUUGGGGCAUUGUUCAGACGCUUGGUGGUUGAACCAAAAGUUUUGCUGCUGGGGCGUUGAAUCAGAAGAUGGAUACUGCGAGCAUUGGAGCGAGUGGAGUGGGUUCGCCCUCAUCGAUUACAUUUUUUAUCUCGUCCUUGCUACAUCAUUCGCAGCUUCAGCAGCAUUCUUGGUCAAACGGUACGCACGCUACGCAGCAGGAUCAGGAAUUUCAGAAAUCAAGUGCAUUUUAGCUGGGUUCAUCAUGAAGGGCUACUUGGGAGGCUGGACAUUGGUCAUCAAGAGUUUGGGACUCGCCAUGUCAGUCGCGGCCAAUUUGAGUGUCGGAAAAGAAGGACCUUCAAUCCAUAUUGCAUGCUGCGCUGGACAUGUUGUCUCGAGAUUGUUUCCAAAGUACCAAAGGAGUCGUGCAAAGUCCAGGGAGAUCAUUUCAGCUUCUGCAGCCGCAGGUGUUGCUGUCGCUUUCGGAGCACCAAUUGGAGGUGUCUUGUUCUCCUUUGAGACUAUGAACCCUUAUCGGACAGGAAAGUUGGUCAUGUUCCAGGUCUCGUACGAUCGCGACUGGCACUUUUUCGAAAUGAUAUUUUUCGUCCUGCUCGGCGUUUUCGGAGGAUUGUACGGGACGUUGAUUAUCAAGUACAACCUCAAAGUGCAGCAUGCCAGGAAAAAAUACCUGGCAGACUAUGGAGUGAUUGAGGCUGCCACCCUCGCCUUCCUCACCGCCACAUUCGCGUACUGGAAUAUCUUUAUGAAGAUCGACAUGGCCGAGUCGAUGAGUAUUCUUUUCCGCGAGUGCGAGGGAUCAGAGGAUUACAUGGGACUUUGCAAACCGGAGAAUACCUGGAAAAUGGUCGCCCUCUUGUUCUUUGCCCUGAUAAUGCGGUUUGCAACUUGCGCCAUCACCUACGGUGCCAAAGUCCCAGCAGGAAUCUUUGUGCCUUCUAUGGCUAUCGGAGCUCUCUUUGGGCGCAUGCUCGGACUGAUUGUAAGAGCGGCCCAGGUUGCUUAUCCAGGAUUCGUCUUGUUUUCGAGCUGCAAACCUGAUGUCCCUUGUAUUACCCCAGGAACCUAUGCCUUCUUGGGCGCGGCGGCGGCUCUUGGCGGCGUUAUGAGGCUGACAGUGUGUGUCGUGGUCAUCAUGUUUGAGUUGACUGGCGCGCUGAACUACAUUCUGCCCACUAUGAUCACGUUGAUGGUGACCAAAACUGUCGGCGACUACUUUGGACGUGGCGGAAUUGCGGAUCGAUACAUUCGCCUGAACGGAUACCCAUUCCUUGACAAGGAAGAGCACAGCUUUGGAAUCGCCGUCUCUCAGGUGAUGAAGAAAGAUGUCACUAUUCUGCCAGCUUCAGGCACCCGUCUGGAUCGCGUCGAGCGACUUUUGGCGGACACCAACUAUCAAGGAUUCCCAGUCGUCGAGGACUCUACUUCAAGGACUCUGAUCGGGUACAUUGGACGGUCCGAGUUGCGCUACGUGAUCGACAAGGCCAAGCGGGCGCGCAAUGUUUCACCGAUGGCCCACUGCUUCUUCAGGCCCGGAAGCAUGGAGUCUCGGCAGCACAUGGAUCAGAGUGGCGUUAGUACCAUGGGAGGACUGGAUCAGGGUAUGCGACGCGGCUCGAUGGGAGGCGACUUUGGGGCAGGCGCGACAUCCACGGCAUCUCUGAGUGGCGCAGGCAGGGGCGAUAAUGAAACCAAUUAUGUCGACUUUGGACCGUUCAUUGACCAGACCCCGAUUGCAGUGCACCCUAAACUGCCUUUGGAGACCGUCAUGGAGUUUUUCAAGAAGAUGGGGCCUCGAGUCAUCUUGAUUGAGCACCAGGGCAAGCUGGUUGGGUUGAUUACGAUCAAGGACUUGCUCAAGUACAUCAGCAGGACGGAGGCACUCGACGAAGAAGAGGAUGAGGAGGAGGUUCCUGGAGGUCCCUUUAGUCACAUCCGUCGAGGAUCGGAUUCCUCUAUCCGUCAGUGGUGGACAUCACCCAGUCAGCGAAGACCUUCUCAACAGUCACACCAACAAGGUGGAUCCAACGGCGUCCAUCACGGCAACGGAAAUGGAUUCUCGAGCAGUAGGGCGAACCAUGGAUCACCACCCGUUUCGUCGUCUGGAUAUGGACAGAAUGGAGCCGGCCAGUACACGCCAAGGUCGUCGAUCCCGCGCGCUGGACGGAGUCCGAGUGUUGGAGGGAUGACGAUGGCCAGCUCGAUAGGAUCUUUCAGGGACCGGAUUGAGCUCACGGAGGUUGAGGGCGAUGAUGAGCAUGAGAAUGUGUUGUUUGACCAUGGCGGGUACUUGGAUGGUACCGGGACGGAUGAUGAGCCCGAGGAUCAGGACGAAGGCGAGGUGCAAUUGCCCAGGCACGGCGGACACAAAUGA